AUGGAACAUUCCAUUACUCGCACUUAUGUUGGCACGACCAUCUAUAUGGCUCCGGAACGUCUUCGUGGUGGAGUUUACAGGUUUGAUUAUUCCUCUGCUUUGAGACUGCUUUGUUCAGGAAUCGAAUAUCAAAUCAACACCCUACCAUACCAACCAAACCUUCCAUACCUCCUGGGUAGGUUAGUUAGUACCAGGCUCUUCUGGGAGGAUAAGCGUUGA